AUGGCCCGGCGUCAUUUGGAAGAAGCUCUUCGAACAAUGCGUCAAUUGGGUUCUUCGUUAGAAACUGAACGUCUGAAAGUUUCUACAAUGCUUGCUGAAUUGUUGUUAUCUGGAAGGCAUUUUAGGGAGUGUUUGGAGGUUUGCAAAGCAGAAUUGCCUGAUUCUCCUCGACAUCCCCAAGUCCAUACAAAACUUCUUUUUAUUUAUGCUGAGGCCCAAUUACGGCUGGGGGAAUUUUCUCGAGCUUUAGAAGCUGUAAAUGCUGGGAUUCAAUUUUCUGGAGGUUCUGGUGGAGUUCUUGUUGAAUGUUAUUUUAGAUUGGUUAAAUCUUUGAUUCUUUCAAUACAAAUGACUGAUCAACAAGAAUUGGGCAAAUCAGUUGGAGAAUUGGGAGAAAUUUUACAAACAGUAGCUUCAAAUAAUAAAGACCAAACAGCAAUUAACGAUAUUCGGGCAUUUUGUUAUUCAAUUCAACUCUGUUAUUUUUUGGCAAUUGGAAUGGUUAAAAGUGCAAAACAAUGCCUUAGACAAUUACAUAUAACUGUACAAACUGCUGAAGCUGCGGCCAAAAAUGAAAUGGCUACAAUGAAUUCGUUAACAACAAUUUGUUGGUUAAGUCCUGAAAUGGUUGGUUAUUUUUAA